UUUGGGGUGUCUCUGGGGGGUGUCCCCUCCCUGCUGACCCCCCCCGACCCCUCAGAUGCCCUGAGGGAGACCCGUAGGUACAGCCUGGGGGACAAGGAGGCGCUGGGCACCAGCCCGGCCGCGCUGGAGCACUUCCACAUGAAACUGUUCCGUGCCCAGAGGAACCUGUACCUGGCUGGCUUCGCCCUGCUGCUCUCCUUCCUGCUGAGGCGCCUGGUGACGCUGAUCUCGGCCCAGGCUGCCCUGGGUGCCUCCAGCCAGGCGUUCCGCAAGCAGGCCGAGGGCGCCAGCCAGGCCGCACGGCAGUACCUGGAGGACAACGACGCCCUCAGGAAGCAGCUGCAGGAGUCUGGGGGGGCCCCGUCCCCCACCCGGGAUGAGAACGAGACCCUCAAGGCCAAGGUGGAGUCCCUGAAGGAGGAGCUGGAGCUCAGCAAGAAGGCCCUGGAGAAGGCCGAGAGCGAGGUGCAGGCCAUGAGGCGCCAGGCCCAGGGCCUGACCCGCGAGUACGACCGGCUGCUGGAGGAGCACGCCAGGCUGCAGGCCGCCCACGACGGACCCCGGGACAAGAAGGAGGAGUGAUGGGCGGGGCCACUGCAAGACACGCCCACAAUGGUUAUAAACCCCGCCCCUGGGACCAGGCCACGCCCCUAAAAAGUCUCUUCCGGAGCAAUCCCCGCCCCCAUGACUAGGCCACGCCCCUAGCACCAUAUUUGGGGGGGUUCUGGCGUCAUUUUUGGGACCUUCCCCCCUUUUUUUGGGGUCCAAAUCUCAUUUUUGGGGGGGGUUCAAGCCUCGUUUUGGGGAGGCUGAACCCCCCCCCCCCCCCCCAUUGUCCCCCCCCUCUUCCCAGGGAUUUUUUUGGGGGGCCAUGGGGACCCCUCCCCUUUUUUCUGCUUCAAUAAAAUCACCUCGGGUUGGGA